UUUGACAGCCACAUGUGCUAGCAUUGGGGCAGCAGCCAUCCCAAGUGCUGGCUUGGUUACCAUGGUGAUGGUAUUAACCUCUGUGGGACUUCCAGCAGACGACAUAAGUCUGAUUCUGGCUGUUGAUUGGUUCCUGGAUCGUUUCCGCACAGCCACUAAUGUUCCUUGGUGA